CCAUCUAGAGCUGAUGGAAUGUUCAGCAGGUAUAAAUGCAGUUCUUAGAGGAAGCAGUAGACUAGAAGGACCUGGCAGAGACAGAGAGACAAGAAGCUUUCACAGGUUUUGACACACAUCUCAAGAUAGCACUGAAACACUGACCUGUCAGAAUGUUCUUAAUCCUGGUUGUCACAAUGUUCUUGGCUGGCUGCUUGGCUUUGCCCAUCAAAGAUCCAUACUCGUAUUCCUCUGAGGUGGGUCAGGGACUUGGCACCCCAUUUUCUUCCUACGGUGAGGGGCGCAUUACGGGAGUCAGAGUGUGGGAGACCAACAACAACUAUUACUACUACUACUACUACUACAACUACAACAGCAACAACUACAUCAGUGGGUUGCAGCUCAGAUACGGUAGCAACUGGUCUCCUGUGUUUGGUGGUGAAGGGGGCUUAAAGCAGGAGAUUGAGCUGUUUAAUGAUGAGGCCAUCGUUGAGGUGUCUGGGAAGUACAACCCAGCAGACUACAUCUGCUACCUGGUGUUAACCACCAACAUGGGGCGCACUCUGUCAGCCGGCAUGCCCAACCAGGUCUCCUUCAACUUCUACCCAGACAACAUGGGCAAUGAGCUGAGGCUGCUCAGUGGUCGCAUCAAUGGUGCCGGGAUCACCUCCAUCGGAGCCCACUGGGGAUUGGUGGACAUGGAAGGGGCUGGAAACAGUACUCUGGAAACAGCACUGGAAACAGUAACUCCUAUUUUUUAGGGGGAAAAAAGUAUGUCUUGCUCUUUGGGAUGGUAUCCCAGAUACAGAUUAAGCCUAAUCCUGGACUAGUUACUUUCAAUGGAGAUUCUCCAUUCAACAUGCUUUUUAGUCCAGGAGUAAACUUAAUCUGGGUCCAGGAAACUGACCCUAUAUGUUGGACGGAUGUUUGACAUAGACGCUGACAGAACAGUUUUUUAUAUCACUAUCUGAUGGGGGCUUCAUGAGAAUUUAAACUGAAUUAAUUUGAAAGUUUAAAAGUAUUUUUGUACUGCUUCAAGUGAGGAAUCACCUCAAAAAUAUUCCAAAUUAUUCAAAACAUUCAAAUUCAUUCAGUUUAAAUUCUCAUGAAGCGCCCAUCAGAUAGUGAAAUAAAAAACAGUUCUGUCAGCGUCCAUCAGAUAGGAAUAUUCAAACAGUCCUGUCAGCUUGGGUCAACAUGCGUUGUUAUCACAUUUUAUCACAAUAAAGGAAAGAUGCAUAUGGGAUUUAAAGGAUUAAUUAUAUCUUUGAUUAAUGGAACAAUCAAAUAUUAUGGGGAGAUAAUAGUGUUUCAGGGUGUUUCACCUUCACUAUUUUAUACACUCUGCAUUUGUUAUUUGUUGAUCCUUUUCUGCUACAUCUGCUUCUGGACAUUUUAAUAAAAAGCAUAUCUUUAAUCAUUA